AUGAAGACCGGAUUCUUCAGCCUUGCUGCUGCUUCCCUGCUGGGAAUGGUCGCUGCGCGCCCUUAUCAUACCCACGACCUUGCUGAGCGUGCUUUGGUUACCGCUGUCGAGGUCGUCACAGUCACUACCCCUGCGGUUGUCGUCCACGUUCAAGGCACCAAGACCUGGACUGUCACGAACCAAGUGCAGGAGGCGGCCGCUACCACGACCCAGUUCGUUACGACCACCGUUCCGGUCGCUUCUGUCCCUACCCCUAGCUCCAGCGCUGUCAAGCAUACUUCCACUGUUGCUGUUCCUACCUCUGCCGACGUCACCCCUGUUGCCAACCCCGGUCCUUCUUCGGAUGCUGGUGCUUCCACCACCAAGGCCAAGCCUACGUCGCAGCCUGUAGCUUCUCCCAAGCCGCAAUCCUCUGUGGUGGAGCAAGCCUCCUCUAAGACUUCCGUCCCUCAGGAAUCUGCCGCCCCUAAGCCAGCUCCUCCCGACACGGAUGCGGCCGCUGCCAGCAGUGGUGGCUUUGGUAUCAGCUACAACCCUUACAGCGCCGACGGAACUUGCAAGAGCAGUGCUCAGGUCAGCAGCGACAUCGAUAAGCUCACCGAUUACGGCCUUAUUCGUAUCUAUGGCACGGACUGUAACCAGUUAGACACUGUGAUCCCUGCUGUGCAGGAACACCCGGGAAUGAAGCUUUUCUUGGGUAUUAACAACAUCGAUACGGCUACCUCUGAGGCCAGCAUGGUUGUCUCCGCAGCUAAGAAAUAUUUGAACGGCAACUGGGGCACGAUCGAUACCGUCAGCGUGGGCAACGAGGCUGUCACCAACGGCAUGGCCACUGUUAGUGGUGUCGUGAGUGCCAUCAACAGUGUUCGCUCGACUCUUAGAGACGCCGGAUACAAGGGCCCGGUCGUCACUGUUGAGACUGUCGGCGCAAUCAUCGACACAGCCGAUGGCAGCGGUCUCGAGCUUUGCAAGGCGUCCGACUACACGGCUGCCAACUGCCAUGCCUUCUUCGACACGUCUGGUUACUACUCCAGCGGCAACAGGGCCGGUGACUUUGUCGAGAUGCAGCACCAGCGACUUGUCAAGGCCUGCGGUAAUAGCCGUACCGUCAUCACUGAGUCGGGCUGGCCGCACGGCUCCUCUAUGGCAUUGACCGAAUUCGGUACUGAUGCCGCCAUUCCGGACGAGCAGAACCACGUCGCUGCUAUUAAGAGCUUGCGCAAGGCAUUCCAGAGCAACCCCGAGGAUCUCGUCCUCUUCUCGGCCUUUGACGACAGGUGGAAGAAGGACAAUGCUGGCACCAAGGGGGCCGAAGGCUACUGGGGUAUCAACCACUAG